AUGCAGUAUGAGCGGGUACAGGCUCUGGUGAAGCAAUUCCAGGAGGACAAGUACGUCCUCAAAGCCUACGGGAAGAUAUAUGCCCUGAACAGAUGCAAGGCGUACAGGAGUAUGCGUGUGGAGGACGUGGAGAGGCGCAGGCGCGCGCGGGAAGAAGGCAGCGUCAAGGGGCUGAGCACAGAACAACACACCGAUAAAGGAAGCGGAAAACAUGCUGCCCAACUGGAAGGCAUAAUCCAAAUCGUGAAUAAAACACUCAACCAUUACACAAACGAAACGCUAAACCAGUUUAGUGAAAACGAUAAACAGUUGGCACAAGUGUAUAGCCAGAUCGACCACUGUAGCAGUCUGUGUGAGGAGGUGGAAAUGGUACUCACGAAUCACAAAAAUGAAAUCUCACACAUCUCAAGUGACAUCAACGGAAUACAAACCAUCACAGAGACUAUGACCCACAAACUUCAAAACAGAAAAGUCACAUUAGAAUUAUUAAACACUUAUAUAAAAAUCAUUUUAGUCACUCCACAAUUAAUAUGUGAUAUAUGUAAUGGACCAAUGAAUGAAAAAUUCAUUGAGCAUGUUAGAAUACUGACGAAGAAGCUAGAGAAUUGUGAGCACUGCUUGUUUGACUCAUACCCGAGCAUUCGCUCGUCUUAUGUGGAACUACUCAAAUUAAAAAAUAAAGCCAUCGAUAGGAUUAACAGAUUCUUCCGCAAUAGCAUUUGUGAUAUAGAAUAUAAAAGAAGCAAUGUACAUUUCGUACAGCAGCACUUGGGGAAAUUUCAAGAGCUGAAUUGCUUCCUUUAUAACAACUGCAAGGAUGCUUACACUUACUUGGUCAAGGAGUAUGUAGCUAUUAUGAACAGAACCUAUUACAACCUCUUCCGGAACUACAUGCAAGAUGUGGAGAGGAAGAAGGUAGAGUUCAAUGGAGAGUUGACCAUUGGAUGGACUGGACCUUACGCGGACCUUGCCACAGGGGGGAAUGACUUCCGCAUAGGUAAAAGCGACCCCCUCACUGACCCGUCCAGCUGGCACACUAACCGCACGAGCUGUGCAAACGCGCAUGGGGAAGGGACCCACUCACAGAACGACUCCCUGGUACAAGGAAUAAAUGCUAACCUAAGUCUUCUCUCCGCGAAAAACAAAAUGAUGAACAUGCUGGGCUUCGGCUCCAAGGGCGGUGCGGGGUCGCAAGACAGGAAGGAGAGUCUGUUCCCGCUCAACAACCGGACCAUCGUUCUGCUCGACUUGGCCUACCACCCGGGGAAAGCACCCCAUGCAGAAGCGGGCGACGUAGAAGCGUGUACCGGAGAAAUGCCCGCCGCAGACACGCCCACUCCAGAAGCGGCGGCCACCCCCCCCCCUGUCAUCUUCACCACGGACAGCCGGCCACACUUCUUCGAGGCAAUUUACAAGUCCAUCAACAAACUCUUCCUAGACACAGGAACGGCGGAGUACCUCUUCCUUUCACAUUUCUUUCGCAACUACGAGAGUCAUGACUUUUUGUUCCUCUACGUGUAUGCAAAAACGCUUACUCUUCACUUUGACUUCCUCUACUACUACCUCAGCGAAACGUAUGACGUCAUUGCCCUCUUCUGCAUUUACAUGAUUAACCUGAACAGCGGCUGCCUUACCAAGAGGAGGGGUGUUGCCCCCUUGUAUGAAUUCAUUAACCGGAUUCAGAAUCUUAUUUGGAACAGGAUCGAUUACAUCGUUAGAGAGAACGUCAAGUCGGUGACUGUCAACCAUGGGCAUAUGAACACUCGCAACAUGAGUCGUGUGGAGAUGAACCACCAGAUGGUGGAGCAGCGGAGCACCCACAGCCAUGUUAACCACCCCAACCACAAAAACACCUUAUACAGUUUUUUCCAUCUUAACAGUGCUCAGACGGGCAGUGCUUGUAUAAGUAAUGGCGGUGUUGCUGCGGCCACUGGGUAUGCCCUUCACGGGGGUAGUAAUAUAAAGAGCGGCUCUCCUGAUGGGGUGUUCACCACGUCUUCAGCGCACCAUUUGGGUUCCACGGACCAGGGGGAAGGACAAGAAGUGGAAGGCAUACGAAACGCUUCCCCCCACACCCCUCCUCACGAAGGGAGUAGUAACCAAUUGAACAGGCCUGCUCAGGGGGAUGGCGCUCACCCUCACAAUCACGCACAUCCCGUAGUUAAACGAUUUGCAGACUUCUACUGCUCCCUCGUUAUUCUCACCAAACUGUCUCUUCAUAUUGAAAAGCAGCACCACGUGCGAAUGUGUUGCGGGGUGCUCUCUUCCAGUGAAAGGGGAAGCCCACAAGAAAAUAAGGCCCCGCCCACUUCUACCACCACCGUCGGUGCCCACCCCGGGGAAGAGGUCCUCAAUGGAAAAGGGAAAAGAGACAAGUCGAGUGACAGUGCAAACGGGAGUGAUCACCCAUCGGGUGGUGAAGAGCAAAAUGUGAAACACAAGAUGAAGGUGAAAAGGUCAAGUGAUGAAAAUGACACGGAGAGCCACAUUGGGUUAUCCCACGCUGGGGCGGAACUCUCCACGAGGAAGGAAUGCAACGAGGGUAAUGAAGGGGAAGACUCGGAACGCACGCUCAAGAAGGAAUCGCCCAAAGCGGGUCAUGAGGCGGUAGUGCACCAUGAAGCGGUAGUGCACCAUGAAGCGGUAGUGCACCAUGAAGCGGUAGUGCACCAUGAAGCGGUAGGGGAGCACGAGGCGAAGGGGGAGAAGCCCAUUGAAGAAAAAUACAAACACCUAAAUGACCUCAUCAGACGGUUAGAAGAAAACAUAAUCGACGUUCUGGCCCUCCACAAAAACCAGUUUGCACACACGAGAGAGCAGCUCCUCUUUCUCAUUAACAACUACUGCCACAUGAUUCACGUCAUGAAGCGCAACACAAUUGAAGAGGAGAGGAUCGACCGGUUCGACCAACUAUUAAAGAAAGAAAUUAAUGCGUACGUAGCAUACCAGCUGCAUCAUUAUGUAACUGAUUUGAUUUCAUUUGUAUGUAAGUAUGAACAGGUAGUCGACAAAUUAAAGAAAGAUGGUUACCAUCCCAGCGAUUUCACAUCUGAAGUAGAUGUAAAAUUAAUGGAAUCUGUGGCUAUGCAGUUUACCCAAAAAUGGAAGGACCUUUUUAAAAACAUCAAACAAGAAGUUACCCUCUCCUUUACACACACAGACACGUGUGCACAAAUAUUAAAAAUGCUGAACACACAGAUUCUGUUGUACUUUACCAGAUUCCAUCAUCUACUCAAGGAGUUCUUCUCCCGCGUCCAGCCACCGCCCUGCGUGGAGAACCUUCCCUCUGUUGAUGUGGUCCUCGUGCAGAUUAAGAAGGACGCCAAGGGGGGGGUGAACUGA